AUGGCAGCAGACACGCAAAAAUACAAAGAGCUGAAAUUUAAAAAUGUAGAAGAAGUGAAGAACGCCCUCAGCCAGCUGACGCCGGAAGAAGCAUCUCUCAAGGAGUCUCUCUUAAGAUGCUACAUUCUCAAUCUAAUACUGUACAACCAGCUAGAAGAGAACCACCCAAUAAAAAAAACGCUUAUAACGCUAAGCGUGUACAUCGAUUUGGUGGACAAGGCAAAGAAGUCUGAAGAAGUGGCAGGCUCCAACAUCAUAAAAGAGACAGAGGACCUCCUACUUCCCAACACAGAAAACAGAAGGCCAAUUGACUACCACAUGCAAAAGAACAAGUCAGUUACAGACAAAAAGACAAGAGUAAACCCAGAGAAGAGAAAUGCGAGAAUAAAAAACAAAAGAAAGUACGAGGAUGCCCAUGAGCUUGCCCGCAAAGUAAAAAAAGAGAACCCAAAUAUCGUUAGAAAGCUAAAGUAA